AAAAUAUCGAUUCUUUCGUUUUUCGCACAUCACUAGUUCACUUUUUCUUCCGUCCGUUAGCUUUCAUCUGUUAUGUAUUCAUCAGUGAAGGAGUGUUGCUUUUAAAUCAAGUUUACUGAUUUGUUUUGAUUUAUCUGAUAUUUCGUUUCUUGAAUUCGACAUAUUUUCAGAUGUGAUAUGCAAUCAUUUUCUAUAAUCAUCAAAAGGCCGUUUUAAUUUACAUUUGCUUAAUAAAACGCCCCCAAAAUGGUCGAUCGUUUAGUAAACAGUGAAGCAAAUGCUCGCAGAAUCGCUGCUGUUGAAAAUUGUUUUGGGACCUCUGGUCAACCAUUGGCCAUACAGGGGCGUGCAUUAGUAGGUGAAGGUGUUCUUACUAAAAUGUGCCGUAAGAAAGCUAAGCCACGGCAAUUUUUCUUGUUUAACGAUAUUCUUGUUUAUGGUAACAUCGUAAUGGACAAAAAGAAGUAUAAUAAGCAGCAUAUCAUCCCUUUAGAGGAAGUUAAAUUAGAAAAUCUCGAAGACGAUGGAAUUUUAAAGAAUGGAUGGCUGAUUCGAACCCCAACUAAGUCAUUUGCUGUAUAUGCAGCUACCGCUACUGAGAAAACAGAAUGGAUGAAUCACAUAAACAAAUGUGUUGAUAAUCUACUGAAAAAGACUGGUAAAAAACCAUCUUUAGAACACGCCGCUGUGUGGAUACCAGAUGCUGAAGCCUCCAUUUGUAUGCAUUGUCGAAAAACUCAAUUUACUGUUCUUAAUCGCAGGCAUCAUUGCCGUAAAUGUGGCGCUGUUGUAUGCAAUCCAUGUUCCAGCAAGAAAUUCUUGCUUCCUGCUCAGUCGUCCAAACCGCUUAGAGUAUGCCUUAGCUGUUUUAACACUUUAAGUAAAGCUCGUUUAAAUGUCGGUGAUGUGCCUUGCAAACAACCUGAAAAAUCACUCAAUCAAGAUUCUUCUGGGGAAGAUGAUUCCGAAGAUGAGAUUGAUGUCCCUGGUAAGAUUACUGAUGGAAUGGAAAAUUUAAGUAUCGAUGAGAAGCCUACAUUUUAUGGGGAUGUACCAGAUUCAUCCAAUAAUGAUCAGGGAUGCAGUCCUGCUGUCGAUACUAUUUGUGAUUCCGCUAAUGAUAUUGUUUCCGCUGAUGAUACUACUGCAAGUUCCGCUAUGGAGACCCAAGCAGAUACUUAGAUAUCUUAUUUGAAUAAUUUAUUGUUACUCUAAUUUAAAUACCAUAUGUGCCUUGAGAUUUAUUAUAAAUUGAGUUUAUAACAGUAUUUUCAUGAAUUUAUCACAGACGGACAAAUAAUAAUGUUUUUAUUAUGAUAUAGUAUAGUUUUUUGUGCUGUGAAUUUAAUGAACAUAUUUUAAUGCUUGAUUUAAAUACUUACAUUGAUGCUGACCACUACUUGAUGAUCUUCUGAAAAAGACUGGUAAAAAAUCAUCUUUAGACUCAAUUCCUCAAAUAACAAUCCCUGCUGUCUAUACUAUUUGUAAUUUUGCUAGUGAUAUAUUGUUUCUGUUGAUAAUAGUUCUGCUAUGGAUACCCCAUCAGUUUAAAUUAUUGAUACUCUAAUUCAGUGAUUCUCAACCUUUUUUUUUGUUGUUGUUGCAGCACAUUUUUAACAGUUUCGAAAUUUGAUGACACACAAAGAAAAAAAUAGUUUAAAAGUUAUUUACUUAGCUAUAAUACGCUGUGUGAAAUAAUAAUUGAUAGUAAUUUUUAAUGUGAAGUAAAGUGUACUUCAAAAACAGCUACAUUUACUAGGGGAUUAAUUAUAAUUUAAUAAUAAUACUUUUACUGAGAAAUUUGAGCUCAAUGUUUUUUAAUAAUUUCAUUUAUAUUUGGUUGUAAAAAUGACAAUGCUACUCUCAUAUUGUCUUCUAGAUUGAACAGUCUCUUAUCUUUUUUUUUGUUGAUUAAUAUGAUCAGAAUAUACACAAAUAGGAUUUAGAAAAUUGUAAUAAUAUUUUUAAAGCAUUUUUGGCUAUCAUGGAUAAUCGCAUCUAAUGUCAAUUCAAAAUGAAUCAAUUGAUUCUUCAGAAUAUUUUAAAAUUAAAUCUCGAUUUUUAGAAAGUGAAAUUAGUUCUUCCUCUUUAUUCAAAUACAGAAGUAUUUGUUAUCACAAAUGGAUUACGAACCCAAUUUUGUUUUGUUUUUUGUCGCAAAUUAUUAAUUGCUGGCUUUUUUUUUUUUGCAAGUUAUCCUUUGUUAAUUUGUUUUUAUAACUAUUAAUUGCAUAGCUUGUUUUAAUCAUUAGCUUUUAUUUCUCUUUGUAAGUUAAUAUUUAGCUUUCUUUUGUUGGUUAAUAAUUUUGUUCACUCCGUUAAAAUGUAUAAAAAGUUGAUAUAUGUAUAAAUAUAUAUAUAUGUAUACAGUAAGACCUCGAUUAUCUCAGCUAAUCGGAAAUCUCGAUUAAUAGAAACCAUGUAUAAAAACCUUCUGUGCUUGCGAAUUUAACUACUUUUAAAGUAACAAACAAUAGAACGUUUUUUAAAUGAUAAAACUAAACAUAUAUGAACUUAUGUUUCACAGCUAAAAAGAUUUAAAAAGGAAAUCAACUCUAGUAGUAAAUUUUAAAAAUUGAAUUUUUUUUAACUGCACUUAGUUACAUAUCGAAAGACGCAUUUUCAAAAAUAACACAAAUCUCAAGAAAAUAUUGUAUUUUUAAAAUUUACAUGAUUAAACUUACAAGUCACAUGACCACUGUUAACAAAGCAUUCAUGGAUGUUGUCUUCUCAUGGUGUAAUAUUUCAUGGAAGUUGAGUGCUUUUGUGGGGAGUAAGUGCCUGUAACACGGACAACGAACUAAUAUGUGUAUAAUUUCUUCCAAGCUCAUUUUAGAGAGGAGAAGAAAAAAAUUUAGACUUCGUUAUUGCCUCGGUUAAUCGAGGUUCUACUGUAUUUAUAUAUGUACAUAUAUAUAUAUGUCACUGCGAAAGACCAAAAUUGGUGGUUGUUGACUUUCACCGGACGUCGUUGAAAGAUGGAAUAUUUAAUUACAUUCUUGUACGUUUGGACCCUCACCGGUGUAUGUCGACAAUCACAGAUAUGCUUUGGUGAAUGUCCGAAAUAUUUAUUACAUUCCAUUUGAUAUGAGUUUAUUCGUGGAUAUAAUUAAAUUUAUUCGAUGUUUUAACCCUACACUGAUGUUUUUUUAAGGUUAAGUGCCACUGCCCGGUAUACCCUACACUGAUGUUUUUUUAAGGUCAAGUGCCAUUGCCCGGUAUACAUUUGCCCGAUACUCCAAACACUGAUGUUUCUUCUAAUCUAUCGUCAGUAAGUAUUAAAAUAUAGAAUAAAUAUAAAUACAGUGGAACCUCUGUUAAGCGGACUUUCUUGGGAACGAAAAAAUUGUCCGUUUAUGAGAGUUGUCUGUUUUCGGGAAGGGUACUCUAAGGACGAAGUUUAACACCGCAAAUUGUUUUUAGAAUAUUUUGAAAGAUAUAGGAAAUAAUUAAAUAAUCUUCAAUAACUAUCUACAGAGAUAGUUAUUUAAAUUGUUAAAAAAAAUAUUUUUUCGAUAAAGAAUAUAUAAAAAAGUUAGAUAUAAAUACAUACUUCUAAAUGUAGCUACAAAUAAAUGAAUAUAAUUUUCCUAUUAGCACAGAUAUUCAAGUUAGGCACAUGAUACCGAAGUGGGGCUUUUAGUUCUCAGUCGGUUUCAAUUAUUAAGUUUACAUCCCUUAACACUUACCUAUCACUUGAUAGGAAACGUGGUUAAUACCUCUUUGAAAGUAAACCUCCCACGAUUCAUAGAAAAAAAAAGCAAUGCCUGCCUGUAAAUUAUGAGGACCUAUGGAGCUGAUUUCGUCACAGUUGAUCAUCUAUCAAGUGUCUGAAUAAAUGCUUCAUUUAUAUGAACACCUCAAAGAUUAUACUUCUGUUCUCUUAUUUUUUUUUUUCUCUUUCUUUAACAUCAGCUGUGUUAAAUACGGUCUUCAAAUUGAUAAGAAAAAGAAAGAAAUUUUCAAUGGGGAAGAAGCAGUGAAAGCAUUUAAAGUGUCAUUUUGACUUGAGGGGUCUCAUAACCUGUGUUGUCCUGAGGAAAGGAUCAAAAGAUGCCAAUGUCCGAAUUAUUUCACUAGAGCAGUAUCAUGGACUCCUUUUUUCUUUGCAAAGAUAAGGCGAGGGGACAGGAGAAAGGUGGAUUCUUUAGUAGUGAAAUGGCUUAACAGUAUUUUUAGUUAUGCAUAAGCAAAAAAUUCACUUCCUUUAAAAAUAGUGAAAAGUUGGAAAAAAAAAUUUUAGAUUUAAAGCAGAAAUAUUUUUUUUCCAAUUCAGAAAAAGUAGUGUCCGGUUUGAAGAGAUAGAAAAAAACUUUUUUGGGCAAAAAUGACUGUCCGGUUACGAGAGUGUCCGCAUUGAGGAGAAUGUACAUAACUGUUUAUUCAUAGAAGAUUCCCGGGGAAUUAAAAAUAUGUCCGUAUUGAGAGGCGUCCGUUUUGCAGGAGUGUCCAUAACAGGAGGUUUCACUGUAUAUA